CGAAAUACAACCUGAGCCCGCUACAACGCUAGUGCUGAAUGAGCAAAGUUUACUAGCCUAUAUAUAAUUUUAUCAUUUAAAUUCAUUAUCUUGUUUUGUUUUGGGUUUUAAUAAAUUGAAACAGGUUCCCACUGAAAAGAUGAGAAAACGAGUUGAGAAACCCUCCAAAGAGAAAGUGGACAAGGUGGAUUCUGGGAUUGAGGAGGAAACAUCUAAAACCUCAGAUGAUUACCAGUGUUCAGGAAAUCUGGAGUUGGACUUCACAGAACUCUGUAAACUCAUGGGUGUGAAAAAGAUCCCUUCUGUCAAGCUGAAGCAGUCAAAAUCUGUGAUGGAACACAAUCAAUCUCAGAUAUCCUUAGAAAGUCAAAUGACAACAUGGUCCUCUGAGCCCUGCCUUGAGAUUGAGCUGGAGAAUGAAGACCAGCCUAAGACGGUCAAGAUAUCUGGAUGGAAGGUGGAUGAUAUGAUGCUUCAGGUGCUGAGCAGGACAUUGCCGUCCCUCAGUAAUUUCCAGUACUUACACAUGUGGCGUGUAGGCCUGACGGAUUGCACUUUCGCCUCCUUGAGAAACACAGUGUCUCUGUGCUCAAAUCUCAGGAAAUUGGUUUUGGAUGGCAAUCCACUCCCUGAGCAGAGCUACCACUUACUUAUAGGGGAGGACAGCAUGCUGACAGACUUAUCACUACGCAACAGUCACAUAGGAGAGGAAGGAGCUCGUCUGAUUGGCUCGUCUCUGUCCACUGUGCACACUGCCAACAAAAACCUCCUGUCACUUAACCUGGCCUUUAAUAGCAUUGGUGAUGCAGGUGCAAAACACAUUGCUCAGGGUCUGCGUUUCAACCGUUCCUUGCUAUGUCUGUCCUUAUCCCACAAUCAAAUAGGAGAUGAAGGAGCAGCUCGUUUGGCUGAGGUGCUUGGCCCAUUUGCUCUGACACAUGAGGAGAUAGUUGAGAGGAGGAAGCUGUUAAUUAAAGUUCAACAAUCAGUGAUCCAGCCGUCCCUGGUUAGUCUUGCAGACUCACUGGAACAGCCUCUUUCCGUCCGCAGCAGCUCUUCGCUGGAUCGCCUCAACAAGAUUGCAAAGAACACCACCAAAAAGAAGGACAACUCUAAAAAAGAGGAGAAACCAGCGCCAGCUCAGGUAGCCAAGAAAGAGGAGCCAAAAGUGGCCAAGAAAGAUGAUAAAGUUCCCCGUAGUCAGGCUGGAAAGAUAGGACCCAAAGACAAGAUUCUGACAGUUUCUGAACAAGAGACAGUGGAGGUGGUUGAGACGGUGAUUCCUUUGAUGGAUCCUGGAAUUGUGCACACUGGAGGGAAAGUAAUUCAUCCAGGAAACGCAUGCCUCACUUCUCUGAAUCUGUCGGGAAAUAAGCUGACUGAGCAGUCACUCAAACUGUUCCUCUCUUCUUUGGAGGGCCAGGGUGAAGGUGGACUUCUGCUUCUUUCUCUCAAUAGAAAUCGGUUUCCAUCCGAUUGUGACAUCUUCCUGAAGAUACAGGAAAUGAUGGCUCUCAAGGAACCUCUAAACAAAAACAACACUGGUCAGGUGAAGGAUGAACAUGGUGAACUAAAGACCACGAGUGCAGCUUAGCAAUGUAGCCUAAAUGACAAGAAAAAAGAAUAACAGGAUGUCAAUAUCUCAUGGUUCCAUAAUGUUAGACUUCUCAGUCUAAUGAAAUCUUUGUCAAAUUGUAAUUUUCACACACUGACACAUACCGUAAAGAGCUCUAGACAAAGUGCUAAAUAUUAGUUUGUUUAACAUUUUUGUUCACUAAAUGUUAUUUCUUUGUUUUGAUAACAUUUCUAGCAUUCUAAAAAUGUGGAAAAUAUUCAAAGGCUUACAGAAAAACAGUUUUGUACAUUUUGCUCUGUAUUUCUUUUCUGCUACUUUAUAUUUCAGCACAUUUGAGCUGAAUAAUUAUGUAUCAUUGUGUCAUAUGCUACAUGUUUAUGAAAAUAA